AUGUCGAGGCCACCACAGAGAUCCAUCAAGCGUUUGCUCAUUGCAAACAGAGGCGAAAUAGCAGCUCGAAUCAUCUCGUCAGCUCGAGAACUCGAUAUCGAGACUUACAGCGUUUACAUUUCGGGCGAUUCAUCACAUGCCGCAAAAGCCACUCAUGCACUCGAACUACCCUCUGCGGCAGCAUUCAUGGAAAUUGAUACCCUGAUCGAGAUUGUAAGGAAACAUCAAAUUGACGCAGUCCACCCAGGUUACGGAUUUCUUUCCGAAUCUGAAGUAUUCUCGGAGAGAAUGUGGAGAGAAGCUGGCGCUGUAGUUGUUGGACCCGGAUGGGACAUCUUGGCCAAUACUGGUGACAAACUGAAGGCGAGACAGCUUGCUGAGCGAUCUAAUGUUCCUGUAUCACCGGCACUGCAAACACCCACCAAUAACGUUGAAGAUGUGAGGCAGUUUGCUGCAGAGAUCGGCUAUCCAAUCAUGGUCAAGGCCGUAGAUGGCGGUGGCGGCCGAGGAAUUAGACUGAUUCGCACUGAAGAACAAUUGGCUUCUUCAGUCAAGAGAGCAGUCGAGGAGAGUCCAUCGAAGCAAUUGUUUGCUGAGAAGGCAGCAGUCGACGGCUUUAGACAUGUCGAGGUCCAAAUCAUCGGUGAUGGGAGCGGCAACGUAACGCAUUUGUGGGAAAGGGAGUGCAGUAUCCAGCGGCGUUAUCAGAAGGUGGUGGAGUUGGCACCGAGCAUUGUUUCAGAUCGGAAGCUGAUUGCGAGAGUGAUUGAAGACGCACUGAAAUUGGCUAGAAGCGUCCACUACUUCUCGCUCGGCACCUUCGAGUUUCUCGUCAACCCAGACACAAAAGAACACUACUUCUUGGAAGUGAAUCCACGGCUACAGGUCGAACACACAAUCACAGAGAGCAUCUCCAUGACCGACUUAGUAAAAGCUCAGCUCCUACUUGCACAAGGCGCAUCGCUGGAAACUUGCGGAUUACCCACUACGGUCCGUAAUCCUGAGGAGCCUCCACCAUCACAUUCAAUUCAACUCCGCAUCACUGCCGAAAACGUCGAGAGUGACUGGUCAUUAUCUAUUGGCAAGAUCACUGGCUUCCAGUUCCCUGCGGGCAACGGCAUCAGGGUCGAUACGCACAUGAUCAGCGGUCGCCCAGCUAUAGUUUCCGCAGACUUCGACAGCCUGAUCGCCAAGCUCGUCAUCACUGCAUCUUCGUGGGAGGGCGCUGUUCGAAAAGCCCAACGCGCACUGGAAGACACGCAAAUCAGCGGCGUGAAGACCAACAUUACCAUACUCCGCGCCAUCGUCCUACAUCCUGACUUUAUGCACGGCAAUUGCGACACGCAAUGGCUAGAGCGCACGCAAAGCUCCCUUAUAGCAGCGCGCCAUAACUUCGUAACUCCUACAAACCCACUCCUGGACUCUUCUCAGACUACAUUGUCAACCCCAGCAGUCGGCACAGCAAAUACGCUCUUCCGUAAAGGCGAUGCUUGGUCCUUGACUCUCACACCCGCGCACAAUACCACCACCACCGCUACCCAAGCGCCACCAGCACACCACCUCGAGCUGACCAAAGUUCUCCGUAACGACUUCCCGGCUUCCCUUGCGGCAGAGAUACUCUUCACCACCCCAUCGUCCAGCACUGCAUACACACUCACCCUCGCCUCGACAUCCGCAUCCGCCUCAGCAACAACGUCGCAGCACCGACGCGCCGACCCGUCGGAUGCAAGGCAUGUUAUGAUUCCGUUCCCAGGGAAGCUGGUCGAGGUGCUGGUUGACGAGGGGGAUGUGGUAAGGGAGGGCGAUGUGGUCUGCGUGGUGCAGCAGAUGAAGAUGGAGUUGGAGGUGAGGAGUGCGAGGAGCGGCAGGGUGGGGUGGAUUCUGGAGGUUGAGGAGGGUGGGGAGGUGGAUGUGGGGUGGUUGGCGGCUGUUGUUGAGUCUGAUACUAAGGGGAAGCUGUGA